AUGGCCUCCAACGACUCGCCCCAGCCUAUCUUGACUGAUUUGCUUUCGCUAUGGCACAGUUCGCGCGUGCCGGUCCUGUUAACGGUCUGCGCGGUGAUAGCGCUCACUCGUCUCUUCCAGCACCUGCGCCAGCCUCGCCAGAAGCUUUCCGCCUCCCCCAUCCCCGGGUCGCCGACUUCUAAGGUAGACCAGAUCGCCGCUCCAUGGGCAAAAAUCGAGGAAAUCCCACCCGUCGAUGAGAAAGCCGCGGAACUUGUGGACGUAGAGGAGAUUACAAUAGCGGAGCGGCCAUUGGUGCGCCCAAAGCCAGGCCCCAAAAAGGUUACUGGAAGCAAGGUCCCGCGCCAGGCCAAGCGUACCUGCAGCUUCGAUGCAGCACGCGAUCAGGUCCAACCGUUGGUCUUCUUCUCGUCGCUUGGCGGUACCACUGAGGCUGCGGCGAAGAAGGUAGCGGAGGAGCUGAACCAAUGGAUAUACGCUCUGGAUUCCGACUCGAUACCGCGACCUCUAAACCCGCAGGUCCUCGACCUUGCUGAGAUCGACUACGACGAUUAUUUCAUCUCUGCCCCCAAGGGGGAGAAAAACGUCAAAUAUGUUUAUUUGGUCCUCUUGCCUACAUACAAUAUCGAUACUAUGCUGGAUAACUUUUUGGAGCAUCUGCAAGAGACGCACCACGAUUUCCGCAUCGAUACCGCGCCUCUCUCUGGAAUCUUGGGAUACUCGGUGUUUGGAUUUGGCGAUCAGGAAGGCUGGCCUACCGAGGAUGAGGGAUUCUGCUCGCAAGGGAAGGACGUGGACAAAUGGAUGGCCAAGCUCACUGGCAAGAAGAGGGCGUAUCCCCUGGGCAUCGGCGAUGUCAAGAGCGAUGCGCAGGAACGCCUCAAAGAGUGGCGUUUAGGUGUGCAGGAUAUUCUCCUCGACAUCUGCGCCGGCAAAGGUCUCGGAGAUGGCGUACCUGGAAGUGGAGAUGCAAUGGAGAGUGACGAGGAAGACAUUGAUGAUGAUGAGGUCGAUUCGGAAACCACCCAGCCUCUGAAGCCAAGGAAGACCAAGGCUAAAUCCAGUCUAGAUGAUGUGGAAGAUCUGGGGAAAAUGGUCAAGAGCGAGGUGGAUCCUGACGAGCCCAUGGAGGUGGAUUUCACUACUUACAAAAGCCCCGUCAAGAAUGCUGCUCCUGCGGCACCGAAAGAGAUGGUCCCCAAAACAUCGCCCACAUACUCCUCCCUGACCAAGCAAGGAUACACCAUCGUCGGAUCUCACUCUGGAGUUAAGAUCUGUCGUUGGACCAAAUCAGCUCUCCGUGGCCGUGGAUCCUGUUACAAAUUUUCUUUCUACGGCAUCAGGUCUCACCUUUGCAUGGAGACAACUCCCUCGUUGUCUUGCAGCAACAAAUGCGUCUUCUGUUGGCGCCACGGGACCAAUCCUGUGGGAACGACCUGGCGAUGGGUUGUGGAUCCACCGGAGAAGAUUUUUGAGGGCGUCAAGGAAGGCCAUUACAAGAAGAUCAAGAUGAUGCGCGGUGUCCCUGGCGUCCGUGCCGAACGCUUUGCAGAAGCUAUGCGCAUCAGACAUUGUGCUCUCAGCCUGGUCGGCGAACCCAUCUUUUAUCCUCACAUCAACGAGUUCACGGGGAUGCUUCACAAAGAGCACAUUUCUUCCUUCCUAGUUUGCAAUGCUCAACACCCCGCACAGUUGGCCACUCUGAAGCAGGUUACACAGCUGUACGUGUCGAUCGAUGCCUCCAACAAGGAGUCUCUCCGCAAGGUCGAUCGCCCGCUCAACCGCGACUUCUGGGAGCGCUUCUGCGCAUGCUUGGAUAUUCUACGCGAGAAGCGCUUCCAACAGCGAACGGUGUUCCGUCUGACUCUGGUCAAGGGCUUCAACAUGGCAGAUGAGAUUGCCGGAUACGCUGAUCUGGUAGAGCGCGGUCUGCCUUGCUUCGUCGAGAUCAAGGGUGUCACCUACUGUGGUACGGCGACCUCGGCAGCCGCGGGACUGACGAUGCAGAACGUUCCGUUCUACGCGGAAGUGCAGGAGUUCGUCGAGGCUCUCAACAAGGAGCUCAAUGAUCGUGGUCUGGAGUACGGAAUCGCGGCCGAGCAUGCGCACAGCUGUUGCGUGCUGUUGGCGAGCACACGGUUCCGGAGGCAGGUCAACGGGGAGUGGAAGUGGUGCACGCUCAUCGACUACGACCGCUUCUUCCAGCUGCUUGAGAGCGGGGAGGACUUUAAGCCGGAGGAUUACAUGGGUGAGCCGACUCCGGAAUGGGCUCUCUGGGGUAAUGGCGGAUUCAAUCCCGAGGAUGAGAGGGUAUACCGAAAGGGCAAAAACAAGGACAAGGUCGUGGAGGAAACCUCCAAGGCGAUCCUUGAGAUCUGA